CCCCCCAGCAGACCCCCUCCCCCACCAUUGAAAGCCAUGAAUUUUGAAUUUGAGAGGGAGAUUGGGUUUAUAAACAGCCAGCCGUCGCUUGCCGAGUGUCUGACUUCCUUCCCCGCUGUCUUGGAGACAUUUCAAACUUCAUCAAUCAAGGAGUCGACAUUAAUUCCUCCUCCUCCUUUCGAGCAAACCUUCCCCAGCCUCCAGCCCGGCGCCUCCACCCUUCAGAGACCCGGGAGCCAAAAGCAAGCCGAAGAUGGGCCCGUUCUGCCGCCGCCGUCGCUCCCCGUCACCCCGCUGGUCCCCGAGUUCCCCUGGAUGAAAGAGAAGAAAUCCGCCAAGAAACCCGGCCAGUCCUCCACGUCUCCUCCGGUUGCCUCCUCCAUCCCGGCCUCCGGGGUCGGAUCGCCCGCAGAUGGCCCAGGACCGCCGGAGGCCGCGGGCGGCGGGGCGCGCAGGCUGCGCACUGCUUACACCAACACGCAGCUGCUGGAGCUGGAGAAGGAAUUCCACUUUAACAAGUACCUGUGUCGGCCGCGCCGCGUCGAGAUCGCUGCCUUGCUAGACCUCACCGAGAGGCAGGUCAAAGUGUGGUUCCAGAACCGGCGCAUGAAGCACAAACGGCAGACGCAGCACCGAGAGCCGCCGGACGGGGAGUCAGCCUGCCCAGGCGCUCCGGAGGACAUGGGCGAGCCCGCCGAGGAGCUCGUGGCCAGCCCCGGCCGCGGCUCCGCCUCGCGGGCAGUGCGGGAAGCCUGCCCUCACCAGCCCGAGGUGGCGGCGGGGCCCGCGCGUACCCAGGGCCCCCGGCCUUUGACUGCUUGCGGGGAGGGCGCGGGUGCGCCGAGCCCGAGCUGUGCCCUACGCGGGGCCUGCCGGCCGGAACCCGAGCGGUUGCCGGAAGACGCCUUCCCGGAGCGGCAGGAUUCCCCUUUCCUGCCAGACCUCAACUUCUUCCCAGCCGACUCCUGUCUCCAGCUGUCAGGGGGCCUCUCCCCCAGCCUGCAGGGCUCGCUCGACAGCCCAGUUCCUUUUUCCGAGGAAGAGCUGAACUUGUUCACCAGCACCCUCUGUGCCAUCGACCUGCAGUUCCCUUAAACCGGUUCCCCUCCCGGCCCUUUCGGCUCCCACCCCACUCAGCUCUCAGCUGGAAAACCCGAACCUCCUCCCACCCAGUCGUUUAGACUUCUUUAUAUGUUUUGCUAAAAUUCAGGUAUUAUUGAACUAGCGUUUAAUCCACUUCAUUUCUUCUUCUAAAACAUUAGGCGCUCGGGCGUCUUUUAAAAGUCACACAGAAAAAUUCCGUUUGGUAGACUCCUUCCAACGAAAUCUCAGGAAUAAUUAAACUCUAAGAGGACUUUCUUAAAAAUGAACUAGAGGAACCUAUUUUCCUCUUUUUUUUAAGUUUUAGAACGUAGCUUAUUUAUUAAAACUCUUUAAUAAUAGGAAAAGGGGAGAGUAUUUAUUGUAUAUUAUUUUCAUAGAUUAAAUAAAUGUCUUUAUAAUA